AUGGCAGUUGACAGAAGCGAAGAUCUUGAACCUUUGACCGGCGGUGCAUUACAAACGAAUGCGGUGUAUCUUGUCCAUGGCAAAUUCUCUUACUUGCUUAACGACGACAAUUCACUCGAUAUG